AGUGGGUUAGAAAGAAUGAUUUCCCUUGGGUCAUUUAUUUCCUCCUGUUCCCUCCCCCUACUACCUAAGGUACAUGGACCUCAUCAGUGUGAUGACCUGUGGCUUAAGGGGCUCCUGGGGGGGCUUUAUAGGAGAGGACACCCCCGUUUCAGGACCUAAUGACCAGGGAGACUAUGAAAACUUUAAUAUGGAUUAUGCAGUGAACUCCUGGAAGAGCCAAGGUGCCCCUGCUGAGAAGCUGAUGGUGAGCUUUGGGGCUUAUGCUCACAUCUUCACUCUCACUAAUCCUGCCAAUCAUGGCCUGGAUGCUCCCACUUCUGGCCCUGGGACUGAUGGGCCCUAUACACAGGAGGCUGGGACCCUUGCCUACCUGGAGGUUGCAGAGUACCCACUUCUACCCUGGGAACCAGCUUGACUCCCAUCGUCACUGUAGCACCUGGAGGUGGCAGUGGAUUCUGUACUGGGAAGUCCAAUGGUCUGUAUCCUAGCCCCACCAGCAAGCGUGCCUUCUACAACUGUGCGGAUGAGCACACCUAUGAGGAAGCUUGUCAGGAAGGCCUGGUCUUUGAUACCAGCUGCUCUUGCUGUAACUGGGCAUAAGCUAUUCAACUGUUCGGUCCCUUGGAGAUUGUAAGACAAAAGGGUGAUUAAAGGGAAGUUUUGCA